CACCUUAGUCAUAAGCAGCAUUGAUUUCAAAUCGUACCAGUCACAUUUUUUACGCUCUGAUACAACAAAAGUAGACAAAUAAAUUUAAAACAUAACCGUUCCGCGCCUUUUACUGGUAUAUCGAUAUGUGGGCCACCAAUUUGAUUGUGUACACACUGCUGCUGCUGCAUCUGGCAACCCUGGCGAUCAGCUGCUCUUGCGGACAAGUGGCAAUCGAAAAUAAUUUGGAGUGUGGAUGCACAAAAAAAUUACCAAUCAACAAUUAAAGAUUUCUUCCUCUUCUGUUUUUUUAGGAGUAGAGGCUAGCGAUGAAAACAUCGCCCACCCCUACUGCAGAUGCAAACCAUUAACCCAAAAAAUAUAAUAUAAAACAAAUUAGUGCAAAUAUACAGAAAAAUACAGUUCUUUUAAGAUGAC